AUGGGCUCCCGUCAUGAGAUCAACUCUAGUGCAGUACGCAAACGCAUUGAAAACCAUGACUUCAACGAUGAAGGAGGAGAGGAGUAUGAGGCCUCCAGCUUCGGCGGGUUUGGGGACUACAUGCGCCGGAAAAAAAUCAAACUGCAGAAUCUUGACGCGGACAUUCGAGCUUCAGCUAGCGAUUGCCCACCAAUAUUCCGUGGUGUAGUUGCCCAUGUCAAUGGGUACACUCAACCUUCCCUGCAAGACCUCCACCAUCUGAUUGUCAGUCAUGGAGGUGGCUUCCUUCAAUAUCUGGAUGGCAAAACUGCGGCCACUCAUAUCAUCGCCAGUGCUCUGACUCCCAAGAAGCGGGAAGAGUUCCGCCGCUACCGCAUAGUGAAACCUGCGUGGGUGACGGACAGUAUCAAAGCAGGACGUCUGCUACCAUGGGAUGAAUUUAGAAUAGUAGAUGAAGGCCAGGCACAGAAGGUGCUCAAAUUUGAUGAUGGCCGGUUUAUCAGCCAGACGAAUAGCUCUCGCCUAAGUUACAAAGACCAAUCAAGGGCUGGCUGGUAUAACUCUCAGCUUCAAGAUAUGAAAACAACAGAAGAGGGUCUUGGCUCUUCAUCAAAUCCUGUGACCCCGUCUGCGUGGUCAAAAGCCUCACAGGUGGUUGCAUCAACCAUCCCGAGCCAGCCAUCCCAGUCAGACUAUGGCGAUUUUCCUGGCUUCACUAUGGAAGAAGAGGAGGAAGCUCAUGGCCCUCGGGGUCAACAAGAGACAUCUGCCAGUGAUGUAACACAAUCUAUAAUGUCAUAUCAAACUCCCAAUCCCAAUCAAGUGCCCACUUCACCAGAUCCACUGGUUGACCUCACAUUAACUUCAGUUCUCGACAAAACAAGCUCAAAAAAACCCGCUUUGACUUCCGAGGAGUACAAUGCACAGCUCCUUUCCGACCCAAAGAUGCAGAAGUCCUCUGUUGUCAAUCCAGAGUUUUUGCAGCAAUAUUAUAGGGAGUCUCGCCUCCAUCAUCUGUCAACCUGGAAGGCGGAGUUGAAAGCCCAAUUGCAGGCUGCGACAAAGGAAAAUGCACAGUCUCAGAUAUCGAAAAAGAAACCCGUGCCUGGAUCAAGACGGUAUAUUCUACAUGUGGAUUUCGACUCGUUCUUUGCAGCUGUCUCACUUCUAAAUCACGCCGAACUCCAAGACAAGCCAGUUGCUAUCGCCCAUGGCUCUGGAUCAGGCUCCGAGAUUGCUAGUUGUAAUUAUCCUGCACGUGCUCGAGGCGUUAAGAAUGGGAUGUGGAUGAAAGGUGCUUUACAACUAUGCCCCGAUCUUAAAGUCAUGCCUUAUGAUUUCCCUGCGUAUGAAGAUGCGAGUCGCAAGUUCUACACCUCCAUACUUGCCAUCGAUGGUAUUGUGCAGAGCGUCAGUAUCGACGAGGCUUUGAUUGAUGUCACAAAUUUAUGUGUGGAAGCUGGCGGUUCAGAUGGAAAGGCUAUAUCAGAAGGAUCGAUUUAUCGCGAGCAAGCCAAAGCGGACGAAAUUGCCCAAAAUUUACGCGAUUCAAUCAAAGAGAAGACUGGAUGCGCAGUCUCUGUCGGAAUUGGCGGCAAUGUCCUGCUUGCGAAAGUGUCUCUUAGAAAAGCCAAGCCUGCUGGGCAGUUUCAAUUAAAGCCAGAUGCUGUUCUGGACUUUAUUGGAGAACUCACUGUUCGUGAUCUUCCUGGAGUGGGCAAUAGCAUGGCAAUCAAACUCGAAGAGCUGGGUGUCACGUUUGUCAAAGACAUCAGGAAUCUCCCGAAAGAGAGACUCAUAUCUAGCCUGGGACCCAAAACUGGAACUAAAUUAUGGGAAUACACUCGCGGAAUCGACCGAACUGAAGUCGGCGACCAAACUAUGAGGAAAUCCGUUUCGGCUGAGGUCAACUGGGGGAUUCGAUUCGUCAAUCAGGAUCAAGCAGACGACUUUUUACGGUCUCUGUGCGAGGAGCUGAAUCGAAGACUGAUGGAAAAUCUGGUGAAGGGGAAACAGCUCACCCUAAAGGUCAUGCGUCGAUCGAUGGACGCCCCACUAGAACCGGUCAAGCAUCUUGGUCAUGGAAAGUGUGAUACAUUCAACAAGAGCGUCGCUCUUGGUGUCGCAACCAAUUUACCAGAGGUCAUUGGGAGAGAAGCAAUAUCGAUGUUGAGAAGUUUCAACUUUUCACCUGGAGACUUGAGAGGUCUGGGUGUGCAAAUGACCAAACUUGAAUCAAUCAAGUCUGGCCCUUCAGGCCCUGAGAGCAGUCAGCGACAACUCAAUUUCCAGAAGUCUCCACCUCGCAAAAAGGCCAUUCCAGAUGUAGAUCCUGACGAGUUGGAGAGUCCGCAGAAAGAUGACUCUGUUCGUAUCCAAGCGGAUCCAGUACUCAGCGAUAGUGCUCACAAGCCACUCAACAUAUCGGGGUCCCAGUUUAUUAUGCCCACUCAAGCAGAUCCCAAAGUCCUUGCCGAGCUUCCCAUGGAUAUUAGAUCAAGGCUUGUUGCACAAGCUAAGCCGCGCCAGGAUUCUCGCUCUGGGUCUCCUUGUCCUCCCCCGCGUGAACCACGACAUAUUGCCCAAGCAGACCUCCCUCCCCAGUCCCAACUGGACCCAGAGGCAUUGGCGGCAUUACCUGAAGAUGUCCGCAAAGAGGUCUUGGGAUAUUAUAACCAUCCAGUCACCAACGCGCCGGUAGUACCAGAGUCGCGCCAAUCAACAUCUAGCUCUCUCAAGCCGAGAAGGCCAGUUUCACCACCCAAAAAGAGGCGUGGCCGCCCACCCAAGUCGGCAAUAAUUGCGAACAAGCCUAUACCAAAGCCUCUGAAUCAAUCAACUUUUGGGUUCGUUCUUCCGCGACCAGCGGCCGUAUCUGCUGCUUUUGAUGAAGAGGGCUUGUCUAGACAAGCAUCACCGAACAUCGAAGAGCCAGCCGAAGCUUCAGCCGAAUUCCUUGCCGCUCUACCCGAAGACAUCAGACAAGAACUCCUUGAAGAACAAAAGCGCUUUCGCAUUCAACAGCGCUCGCGAGCUACUGAACCUGCACAAAGACCCCCAUCCCGGGCACAGGAGGCUCCUCCUUCUGCACCAAUUACCAUAGAGAAACUCCUACCUCUACCCCCACUCCCCAAGCGUCCCGUAUUUACAUCACAGCGCCUUUCCCAAUUACCAGAUUUGCGAGACGCUGUUGGCUCAUGGCAUGAAAUCUUUGCGGCCGGCGGCCCAUAUUGCGAGGACGUUACUUCGUUAUGUAAAUAUCUAUCUAGUGUGGCAUUUCAAGAGAAGGAUGUGGACAAAGCUGUCUCAGUGGUGCGCUGGUUGAUGUGGUUAGUCGAUGACCAUUCGCAGCAUCAAGGGUCUAAAGACCCACAAGCAUCCCGGCCCGAGGGAACUAUAAGCUGGGAAGAGGCUAUAGAGACCAUGCAGUACAGUGUCCAGGGGGCUCUGGAACAGAGGGGGCUUCCCCCGAUCCACCGCCGGGCAGCGCCAGCUGAGAUAAAAGCCCUUUACGAUACCUCGACUACAGACAAGAGCACACCCGACCACCCAGGCCAUUGGUAUGAAGCACAACUCCUUCACUAUGGCCUUCCACCAUCAAAAGUUAAGGCGACUGCCAAGAUGAGGCCCUUGAAAGCCGUGCAAGAUGGCGGACUGAGUGUCCCCAAGGAAAGCCUACAAAUUGAGAAGAAUCUCAAGAAGGAAUGGAAGAAACAGGAUUCGGAGGAAAAGCCACAGGCCAACACAAAGACUACAACGACGAAAACUGUUACCAUCAAGAUUAUUACAGUUUCUAAGACUGUUGCGUCCAAAACAACCGGGAGCAAGACUACUGCACCCAAAGUCGCGGCCAAACCUGCAGCUGUUAAAACUGCAGCUACAAAAGCUACUACGCCCAAGAAAGAUACCGCACCCAGGACUGUUGCUUCCAAAACCACUGCGGCUAAAACCACUGCGGUCAAACUACCCACGACCAAGGCUGCCCCUAAAGCAGCGGCUAAAGCAGCUGCUAAAGCUGCUACGCCUAAGGUUGCCCCCAAGAAGGCUAUAGCAGCCAAGACCACUGCCUCCAAAGCCACCACAGCCAAAAGUGCUACAGCCCAAACUGCCUCGGCCAAGAGAAAGAGGGCCUUGAAUGAUGAAGAGACACCCAAUCAGGCACAAGCUGUCAAACGCCGCGUGUAUGGUAAAAAGGCACACGACAACACGAAUGUGCCCACAAGCAGCUACCCCGAGCCGAGCGUAUGGCCUAGGCAGUCUGAGUACCAGUAUGCACCUCCAUCGUAUGAAUUCGCCUGCGGAAUGGACGGAGGAUAUCCUUACAAUGCUUUAGAUGAUCAGAUGGAUAUUGACAAUGCGAGCGAGGAUCUUGGCCACCGUAGCGAGUCCGAAGCAUACUCAGAUCCACCAUCUUCACCCCGAACCCUAAAAAAAUCACUGGGUCUACUCAACGGGACCUACAAAGUUUGCUGCCCCUACGUUGAAGAUCAAUGGCCGCAAGCUAUGCCGUCUGAAGGAAUCACCUUAUCUCUCUGCCUUAAUGGAAGGGAUAUUUGGGGGACAUACGAGUUCGGGAUGUUUGAGGGUUGGCGUGGGCGGGAGACUGGUGAGGGUGAAAUGAGCUUUGGAGAUGACCAGGAAGGUUGGAUUGAGUUUCUGGGCGAUGGUGAUAUUGUUGGGAUGAUCAGUUGCUGUGGAGAACUCCGUUUCCGAGGGCAGCGCAUCGACAGUUCUGUCCGGACAGCCAGUGAUCUGCGCGACGAAUGGGAUGGCUACACCAAAGAAGAAUAUGAACGAGAGAGAAGGGGUCGGUGGGGUCGGUGGUGA